ACCAUGAGCAGCAACUCCUCCCUCAGCAAUGUGAAGAGCCUGAGGAACCUCACCACGCAGGAAGACGGGGCGGUCAGAGUCACUGAGUCCAUUGCUAUAAUCGUCAUUGCUAUUUUCAUCUGUUUGGGCAACCUGGUGAUUGUCGUCACCCUGUAUCGGAAGUCUUACCUUCUCACAUUGAGCAACAAGUUUGUGUUCAGCCUGACCCUCUCCAACUUUCUACUCUCUGUACUGGUGCUACCUUUUGUUGUCACCAGCUCUAUCAGGCGGGAAUGGAUCUUCGGAGUCGUUUGGUGCAAUUUCUCAGCCCUGCUCUACAUGCUGAUCAGCUCAGCCAGCAUGCUUACUCUUGGACUCAUAGCUAUAGACCGGUACUAUGCUGUCCUGUACCCUAUGGUUUACCCAAUGAAGAUAACAGGCAACAGAGCAGUGGUAGCUCUUGUGUAUGUGUGGCUACAUUCCCUUAUUGGCUGCCUCCCUCCCCUCUUCGGCUGGUCGUCUUUGGAGUUUGACCAGUUCAAGUGGAUGUGUGGCUUCUCUGCCUUUUGGCAGGUCUGGUGCGCGUUGCUGCCUUUCGCAGUCAUGAUGGUCUGCUAUGGAUUCAUAUUCCGCGUGGCAAGGAUUAAGGCCCGGAAAAUCCACUGUGGUAGCGUCAUCAUUGUGGAGGAGGACUCCCAGAGGAACGGGAGGAAGAACUCCAGCACCUCCACAUCCUCUUCUGGCAGCCGAAGGAACGCUUUCCAAGGGGUUGUCUACUCAGCCAACCAGUGCAAAGCUCUCAUAACCAUCUUGGUUGUCAUCGGUGCUUUUGUGAUUACGUGGGGGCCUUACAUGGUAGUAAUUACAUCAGAGGCACUUUGGGGAAAAAAUAGUAUUUCACCUGCCUUGGAGACGUUGGCUACGUGGUUGUCCUUUUCCAGUGCCAUUUGCCAUCCGCUAAUUUAUGGGCUGUGGAACAAGACAGUGCGCAAGGAACUGCUAGGAAUGUGCUUUGGGGAUCGGUAUUAUCGCGAGUCCUUUGUUCAGCGGCAUAGGACGUCAAGGUUAUUCAGCAUUUCCAAUAGGAUCACAGAUUUGGGACUAUCUCCUCACCUCACUGCCCUCAUGGCAGGUGGGCGGCCAUUAGGAAACAGCAGCAGCACAGGAGACACAGGUUUCAGCUGCUCGCAGGAUUCAGGAACAGAUGCGAUGCUUCUUGAAGAUAAUAGCUCAGAUGGCCCUCAUGCCCCACACUGCAUCUGUCCUCCUCGAAGGAGGAGUUCAGUGACGUUUGAAGAUGAAGUAGAGCAAAUUAAAGAAGCUGCAAAGAAUUCUGUUCUUCAUGUAAAAGCUGAGGUCCAUAAAUCUCUGGACAGUUAUGCAUCCAGUUUAGCAAGAGCUAUUGAAGCUGACGUGAAAAUGAGCUUGUUUGGGGAAGAUGCUUUACCAGGCGCUCUGUUCCCUGUGCGGACUCUGCCAGGAAGCAGUAUGAACACGCGGCGUGGUAUCAGGCCGCAUGCUAGCCAAAGACUUCAGUUGCAGAGCAUCGACGAAGGGAGUAUUUGA